AUGUCAUCAUACUUUGCUCUGCUGGCAGUACUGAGCACAGUCUCAGCGAGCGCGAUCCCCACGACCGCUCCUCCCAAGACACUAUUGAUCUCGUCAUCUGCACCUUCAUCCAAGCUCGCCGAUUGCAUGAAAUCCUCCUACUAUGGCACUUAUGGCGGCUCUGCUGAUUCCCAGGAUCAUAUCUACCUGCCGACUGAAGAAUGCCUGUCUGGAAAAACAACUUUGAAUGAGCUUACUUCUGGAUCACUUGUACCUCUCUCCGUCAACAAUGUCGAUAAUGGUCGCAUUGUAUGGGUCGGUCAAGCCGGCGUCGAUCCGUCUUUGCUGUCGACCAAUAUUGUUGAUAGCUGGGAGAUGAUCUCCGGUAGAUCACAAGAAGUUUCUCUCGUCUCAGCUGAUGAUACAGCUCAACAUGUUUUGUCGAACACCCAAUCUCACAAUCAACCCAUUCAGUUGCUUCAUCAAUCUCCCACAUCAAUGCUACUACACGUACCGCAGUCUUACCUUCCUAUUAUCGACACACUUUUACCAUCUCAUCUUGUUCCUGUUGCCCUGCCCUCCAAACCCUUACCAGCUAUAGCAAAUGGCUGGGAGCCUGUUCCAGGACAUUUCGCUAAACACUUGGCAAAUAUCACGAAGCAUCUCAGAUUUUCUCCAGAGAUAGAUAAAAUCGUUUCAGAGGGUAUUGAGCAUAAUCAGAUCAGAAGAGAUGUCAGAUUCUUGACUGGAGAAGCUCCAAGUGGUAUAGAGUCAAGACAUUCUUUUACUCCCGGAGCCGUCAAAGCCGCUCAUUGGAUCAAAGAGAAAGUAGAAGCAUCAGGAGCGGAUUGUCACCUUCACAUCUUCCUUGAUGGAUUCGCUCCAAAUGUUAUUUGUCAUUACCCUUCUUCACUCAAUUCAACAGAACAUGUCAUUCUUUCAGCACAUUACGACUCAAGAGGAUCGUUCGGAUCGACUCGUGCUCCAGGAGGUGAUGAUGAUGGUUCCGGAACUGGUCAUUUGUUAAGUGUAGCUCAUGCUGUUGGAACCCAAGGUGUCAAGUUCAAGAAACAAGUAGUACUCGCUUUCUUCGCUGGAGAGGAACAGGGUUUGUUAGGUAGUCACGCUUAUGCUGAACACCUUCAUGCUAAGAAUACUACUAUACUCCUCCAAGUUCAAGCUGAUAUGCUGGCGUAUCAUGCUCCCGGUGAACCCCUUCAGCUUGGUCUUCCCGAGUCAAUUCACCUUCCAGAAGCAACCUACUUGAUCGGUAAUCUCUCUCAAAUCUAUUCACCAGAAUUAGUAGUCGGUAGAACUGCAGCUUGUUGUUCAGAUCAUCAGUCAUUUGUUUCAUACGGUUUCCCGGCCACUCAAGUUUUUGAAAGAAACGGUUGGAUCGCAGAUCCUUUCUAUCAUAACUCGGGAGAUCUAUCUCAAAGAGAUGGGUAUGAUUUCGAACAAAUCGUUGCGAUCGCUAAAGUCACUUUGAGUGGAUUGCUGUCUGUUGCAGGUUAUCGAUUGGUAUUGGAAGCUUAG